CCCCCGGCCCCCGACGACGCCCAUUUCAGCAUGAUGGUUUUCCGCAUCGGCAUCCCCGACCUGCACCAGACGAAGUGCCUGCGUUUCGACCCGGGGGCGGCGGUGUGGGCGGCCAAGCAGCAGCUGCUGUGCGCGCUGACCGAGGGCCUCCACGACGGCCUCAACUACGGCCUCUUCCAGCCCGCGGCCGCCGGCCGCGACGCCAAGUUCCUGGACGAGGAGCGGCCGCUCCGCGAUUACCCCCAGAGCUUCGACCAGGGCGUGCCCUACCUGGAGGUGGGCGUGGUCACCGAGGGUGUGGUCCCUGGGGGGGCGUGGACUCCAUUUGGGGUGGAGUUUAUGAGGGAGAAUUUGGGUUAAAGUGGCGGAUUUGGGGUUAAAAUG